CCAGCACAGGCUGAGCGCGGACGCGAGAGGAAGCAGGAGUUUAGCCAUGCAGACGCCGGAGUGAGGCAUGAAAGCGGCGAGGGGUGCCCGGCGCUGCCCGGCCCAACGGCGGCUGCACAGGGACCCGCGGCUGUGACAGGCCGAAUCCCGCGAGCACCGAGCCUGUCGUUAACUCGGGCCCCGAGCUUGCGGGGCGCGCGGUGCCUCCGCUGGCGCUCGCGGCUCGCCUGGCGGGCUCCGCCACGCUGGUGCUUUCCCAGGGAGCCGGUGGCGGAGCGGAUAAGGCUGUGAGUUUCCCGCUAGAGCCCGGGCUAUCCGCGGGGGGAGCAGAGGGUUGUUGUGAGACGAGAGACCUCGGGCUUGAUGAUCGAAUGGUCCUUUAUGGUCAUAAACUCCAGGGCAUUUAUUUUGCCCCCGUUCUAGCCUCAAAAUGCCGGUAAAUAAACGUGCACCUUUGGGCUAUGGGAGAUGCAAAAGAAACUAAAAUGCAAAUAACACCAAAGACUCCAGGACAGGCUACUGUAUUAAAUCCUUUUGAAAGUCCAAGUGAUUACUAUAGUCUACAGGAGCAAAUUGUUUCCAGUCCUUCCAUCUUUAAAUCAACAAAAUCUUCAUCAACUCCAGGUAAAUUUAAGUGGUCUAUUGAUCAACUUGCUCUAAUAAAUCCUGUGGAAAUUGACUCUGAAGAUAUUCGGCGUCAGGCAAUGUAUUUAAGUCAUGCCAGAAUAGAUAAAGAGAUGGAAGACAAAAGACAAAAAGCCAUUGAAGAGUUUUUCACUAAAAGUCUCAUCGUUCCUUCUCCUUGGACUAAUCAGGAAGGGGGGAAGCAAGUUUCCCAGUUUCAUUCCACUAAAUGUAUAGAUUUAAAUAGCAUUUCCCCAAUUGGAAGACAGCUAACUGUGCAACAUGGAAAAAACAAUGCUGCUUGUCAGACAAUAUUGUCUUUGCCUGUGGAUUUUAACUUAGAAAAAAUAUUAGGUGAAUAUUUUAGAACAGAAGAAUUUGCAGACCAGUCUCAGGAAAGCCUAAGCUCCUCAUCACUGAGAAGAAAGCUGUUUUUAGAUGAGAAUGGAAGUGUAUCUGAGUGUUUAUCUCUUUCUCCACAAAGCCCUUGUAGUAAUCCACAACCAUCACUUGGAGUGCUAUGUUCAAUAGAUAUCUCUCCAGCCCGGUGCAGGAGCCCUCUAGAAACAUCUAGUUCAGGUCAGUUUUCCUCCAGUCCCAUUCAGGGAGGUACAAGGGCAUACAGUCUGGGAAGCAUUACCAGUCCCACGUUUCCAGAGAGGUCCCCUGCAAAUAUUGCUUCCCCCACUUUUUCUCCAAUUGCUUUUCAGAUAAGAAAAACACCAUUGUCAGAACAAAGAAAGUUGACGUUUCGCUCUCCUGAUGUUCCUUCUGCACCAGUGUCAAACAGAAUGACACCCUCAAGUACUAGAAGUCCUUACAUCGAUGGUUGUUCUCCAAUUAAAAAUUGCUCUCCUAUGAGACUUGGCGCUUGCAGAGGGACUGCACAGUAUCAAACGUCACUCAUUAGGAUACCAUUUACCCUUGAAAAUCACAACGACGAGGCAGAAGACAAAGAGAAUGCCCCACCUGCUGAAGUUCUGUUACCACAGAUGGACACUGGAGUAAAUUUACGGCAGCAGGAUGGUGAUUCUUUUGCACAUGGCACACAUGUUGUUGUGGCAACUGUAUCUAUUUCACCAGAUCACUCUGAAGCUUGUGAACAAGGACUAGCAUCAUUGCAGGAUAUAGAAGGUUUAAAGGAAAAUAAUACUGUUGAUAUGGUUGAUACAGUUGAGGUGUCAGAUGAGAACGCCUGGGUUAAGGAAUGUGUUGGUAAUAGCAGUAUGCCAAUGACCAGCUUCAUGACUGGAAUUACUUUCAGUAUUGAAAGCUCUCACAUGUGCAUAUCGCCUCUUGCAGAAAGCAGUGUAAUUCCUUGUGACAGCAGUAGUAUUCAGGUGGACAGUGGCUAUCAUACACAGACAUGUGGAAGCAGUAUUAUGGAUACAGUUGGAGCUGAGAACAGUUGCAGAGACAAUAAUGUACAUUCUUAUGAGGCUCAGAACAAAUCUCAGCUUUUCAAAACUAAGUAAGGAUAAACAGUCCCAAGAUACUGGAUGCAGAAUCUGCCUGUUCCUUGCAAUCACCUGCAGAAAUGCUUCUCUUAAAGUAUUUAGAUCAAGACUGACAAGCAGCCUUUGGUACCUGUUACUUUUGCAAAUGGAAUCAGUCGCAUUAUAGUUUGGAGGGAACUGUGUCAAUUACAUUUUGAACACUUUUGAAGAUAAAAUGUGAGAAGGCACUUGAAAACAAGGCAUCUGAAUUGAUACUUGAAAUUCAAAACCGCUUAUGAAAUGUUAUUGUAUCACAAACAUCUGUAUAUUUGUUCUCUUUUUACCUCAACUAUGACCACUCUGGAAAAAGUGUACAUUGAAAAUUACGGGGAGAUUUUGGUAUCACUAAUAAAAUAUUAUUCGUUCUGUUUCUUCAAACUUAAAUAUUGUAAAACUAAUCUGUGAGUUAAAAUGUGUGAUCGGCAAAUUAACAUACUUUUCAGAGGUGCUUUUUUGUUUUUGUAUUUUACAUUUUUAAACUUUGUCUUGUCCAUUUAGGGCAGUGUUCCCCAACCUUUAGAGGCUCCCGGACGCCCGGGAGGUAGGGGCCACUCACGUGCUGGGCUCCCGGGAGGUAGGGGCCACUCAC